ACCUAAGUUCUAGUUGAAUUUAAUUCAGCGGGAAUAAAUAAGUUGUUAAUAUUUAACUCAUAAUAAUCCAUAACAUGUUGCGGCAAACAAAAAAGGAAGAAAGCAGUUCUUUAGUGCCAAUUUUUGGCUGUCGCAAAAGACAAAGAGUUUCAGUAUUAGCAGAUCCUAUUGAUUUAUCAGGAGAUAAUGAAGAUGAAAAUUUUUAUUUUAAUGUUCAAUCUCUUGAAAAUCAAUCAUAUCAAAAUAGAUCUCAAAUUGAAAGGUCUUCAAAGCUGCAAAAGCAAUGUAUAAGUUCAGUUACAUCAAAGUCUGAUAUGAAAUACACUUCGAACAAAAAUAUUUUAGUUCAACCCCCUCAGCAGUUUCAGUUUCAAAAGAGUUUGCAUUGUAACAACAAUAGUAUUAAUCAGCAAGGGUACAACAUAAAAAUUGCUAACAAUAUUCAAAUAAAUAAAAAGCUCCCCAGUCCUAACACUUUAAAUGAGAUAAGAAGUUCAAGUGUUUGCAAACAACAUAAAAAUGUAAAUUUUAUAGUGCCGAAUUCAUCAAAACUUUCAACUUGUAAAAAAAACCUGACAUCAUUAUUUUCAAUCUCACAAAAAGAAAGCAAUGAUUUAUUACCAUGGGGCAAAGGUUCAAAUAAAGAAAAUCUCCAACCAACAAAUAUUCAGCGUAAGACAUUAGAGAAACCCAGAGAGAAUGCAUACAAAUUUGUUACAACUACAAUUAAAAACUUAAAGGAAUGGUCUAAAGUUACAGAAAAUAAACCUGUUAUUUUUGAAAUAUUUGGGACAAUGGAGUCAACUGUUUCUCACUGCAAACCUGAAAAGAUUUUUUUUAUUAAAGACCAAUUAGACAAAAUACGAUGCGUUCUCUGGGAAAUUGAUCGUUUUAUGCCGCAUAUACCAAGGGGUUCAGUUGUUAGAUGUGUUGGCAAGUUUAAUGAAAAUUAUUUUCAUUGUUUUUCCAUCCGUCAAGUUAAACCACAUGAAAAUAAUUUAGUUGAGUUCCUCUUAGAAAAAAGUGACCAAGAAUUGCAAAAUCAAAUCGUUAAUAGUAGAGAAUUGUAAAAUAUGUCAUUUAUGAUAUGAGUUCAGUUAAAAAAUAGUUAGCAUAGAUUAACCCGAGAUUUUUUGGGCAUUUAUUUAUU